AAAAUGGUUUAUACUGUUUUUGGUUUCAAUGGAAACGUGUUGUACGCAGAUUGCCCAUAGAUAAAGCAUUUUUUUUAUAAAAUCGCUUUCACUUCCAGCAAAAAAAGAAUCAUUCCUCACACUCACAUUUCUUCUAGUUCCUCCCUCACACUCACUCAACUAUUCAGCAUUUCAGCUACAUUUCACAAACAUGUUGUCAAGAAGUAGAACCCUUCCUAGCAGAAUCCACCAUGGAAUUAAAAUAGAAGAAAGGCAUGAUAUCAAGCACUCCUUACAAGUAGAAGUGCAGCCCAAGAUCCAAAAGGAGACUGAAGCAAUGGCUGUGGAUUCUAACUCCAAAUGCUUUGAUGAUGAUGGCCGCUUGAAGAGAACAGGGACAUAUUGGACAGCUUCAGCUCAUAUCAUCACUGCUAUAAUAGGCUCAGGAGUACUUUCACUGGCAUGGGCUGUGGCUCAGCUUGGCUGGGUUGCUGGACCUGUUAUCAUGCUUCUCUUUGCCAUUGUCAAUCUCUACACUUCCAGCCUCCUAACGCAGUGUUACAGGGCUGGUGACUCUGUUACUGGACAGCGAAAUUACACCUACAUGGAUGCAGUAAAGUCCAUCUUAGGAGGAAAAAAAGUGAAGAUAUGUGGCUUGAUCCAAUAUGUUAACCUUUUUGGAAUUGCAAUUGGGUAUACCAUUGCUGCUUCAGUCAGUAUGAUGGCUAUAAAAAGGUCAAAUUGUUAUCACAAGAGUCAUGGAAAAGAUCCAUGCCGCAUGUCAAGCAAUUGGUAUAUGAUAACAUUUGGGGUGGCGGAAGUGAUUCUUUCCCAAAUCCCAGACUUUGAUCAAGUAUGGUGGCUAUCCAUAGUUGCAGCUAUCAUGUCAUUCACUUAUUCUUUUGUUGGAUUGGGUCUUGGUGUGGCCAAAGUAGCAGAAAAUAAAAGUUUUAAAGGAAGCUUGAUGGGAAUUAGCAUUGGUACAGUUACACAAGCUGGAACAGUCACUAGCACAGAGAAAAUAUGGAGGACUUUUCAAGCUCUGGGGGCAAUGGCCUUUGCAUACUCUUUUUCCAUUAUCCUCAUUGAAAUUCAGGACACUCUAAGGUCUCCUCCUGCUGAGUAUAAGACAAUGAAAAGGGCAAGUAGGUUGAGCAUAACAGUUACCACAGUUUUCUAUUUACUCUGUGGAUGCAUGGGUUAUGCAGCCUUUGGAGAUCUUGCACCUGGAAAUCUUUUGACUGGUUUUGGGUUCUAUAACCCCUAUUGGCUUCUGGACAUUGCCAACCUUGCAAUUGUUGUGCACCUAGUUGGGGCAUACCAGGUUUUUUCCCAGCCCUUAUUUGCAUUUGUUGAAAAGUGGAUUGCACGUAAGUGGCCAAAGGAUGGUAUAGUCACCGCAGAAUAUGAAAUUCCCAUUCCCUACUUUGGGGUGUACAAACUCAACUUCUUCCGCUUAGUAUGGAGGACCAUCUUUGUGAUGUUGACUACCAUCAUGGCCAUGCUAUUGCCUUUUUUCAAUGACAUUGUUGGAAUACUUGGAGCUUUUGGGUUCUGGCCCUUAACAGUUUAUUUCCCAAUAGACAUGUACAUCUCACAAAAGAAGAUUGGAAGAUGGAGUAAUCGGUGGCUUGGACUUCAGAUGCUUAGUGUCAGUUGCCUCAUCAUUUCAUUGUUAGCUGCUGUUGGCUCUGUGGCUGGUGUUGUUUUGGAUCUCAAGACUUUCAAGCCUUUUAAAACUAGUUAUUAAGGGAAAAGAUUGACAAAUAAUAGGUUGGUUCCUGUAAGACUUUGAACUUUGAACUUCAGAAAGAAUGAUUUCUAUGCCUGUUAGAUGACAAUUCUACUUCACUACUUCUACCCCUUAUACUUUGUAGUAAACAUAUAACAGUGUAGACUCUUAUCACAACUAUUAUAUACGAUAUAUCUCAUCCAC